AUGGCGAGUCCCUUCGACGGCGCCGCGAGGAGCGUGGCGGCGGUGGCCGCGCUGCUGCUGCUGCUGGCCGCGUCCGCGGCGGACGCGGCGACCAGCAGCACGGUGGUCGCCGGCAUGGUGUUCUGCGACCAGUGCAAGGACGGCGCCCGCGGCCUCUUCGACUACCCGCUCUACGGGGCGCGGGUGGCCAUCCAGUGCGGCGGCGGCGACACCCCGAUCACGGUGCGGGAGUGCAACACCAACUGGUUCGGCGGCUUCUCCGUGCGCAUGGAGGGGUCGCCGGACAUGAACCGCUGCACGGCGCGCGUCGUCCAUGCCACCGGCCACUGCUCCGCCGCCGCCACCGCCGAGCCGCGCGAGCUCACGCUCGCCUUCCGCAUGCUCGGCCUCGCCCUCUACACCGUGCUGCCGCUGCUCUCGCAGCCGGAGCAGCCCAUGGACUUCUGCCCCCGUGCCGGCCUCGUUCCUCCGCACGACCGGCCGGCGGCCGCGGCUGCUACGCCAUCGCCGCCCCUGACGGUGGCGCCGGGCCCGGUGUAUUCCCCGGUGCCGAUCUUCUGGCGCCGCAGGCCGCGGCUCCUGCCUCCCGUCUGGCGCCGCCCGCCGACGGUGCCGCAGCAGCCAGAGCCGGAGGCUAUCCCCUCGCCGCCCGCGCCUUCCUCAAGCGAAACGCCGGCCGAUGGCUCGGGCUCCGGCUCAAGCUCCGGCUCCGCGUGCGCGUACGACCAGUGGACGUUGCCGGAGCACCGGUGCCACUGGAAGGUGGUGACGCCCAACACGACGGUGGCCAUGGCGUUCGGCCCGCUGGCGGCGCAGCGGUACGGGCCGGACAUGACGCUGCGGGAGGCGCUCGACGGCCGCGGCGACCCGUACCGGACGCUGCUCCGGGAGGCCACGGCGGCGCUGCUCAACGCCUACUACAACGCCCCGGGGUCGCCCUUCCUCUACCCCACCACCGCCAGCGUCCUCGACCACCUCAACGGCGCGCUCCUCAGCUCCGCCCAGCGCGUGCUCAUCGAGGGCGCCCGCUUCCGCCGCGCCAACACCGGCGGCGGGGGACCUGCCGGACGGACUAAGCUGCCAUGCGACUUCACCCCGUGCGCCGCCACCAACACCACCACCACAGGCUGA